ACAACAGUUUUACACUCAGGUCUUGACUUUAACACCGGGUGUCCCGCUAAUUGCGGUGGUUCGGGGCGGUGGCGGGUCAAUCCACUUUGUUUGGGUGACGGAAGGUUUCAGGUGUUUUCCUGCACUGAAAAUACUGUGAAUGUCGGGCCGCACUCUCAUAUGCUGCUUCAUAAUAAUACAAGUCUUUUCCACAGCAGUGCUCAGUUACAUAGCCCAAUGUUUUUGUUCUGUUGUUUCAGGAGUAAUACAGUUCCUGUGAAACAAUGGCAGAUGUUGAAGAGAGGAUUUACGGUGGUUGCGAGGGCCCAGAUGCUAUGCACGUAAAGUUGAUCUCCACAGAUGGUCAUGAGUUUAUUGUGAAGAGAGAACAUGCUUUAACCUCUGGCACCAUCAAAGCUAUGCUGAGUGGACCUGGUCAGUUUGCUGAAAAUGAAACCAAUGAGGUAAACUUCCGAGAGAUCCCUUCUCACGUUCUCUCCAAAGUGUGCAUGUAUUUGACCUACAAAGUUCGUUAUACCAACAGCUCAACAGAAAUUCCAGAAUUCCCCAUUGCUCCUGAGAUUGCACUGGAACUGCUCAUGGCUGCAAACUUCCUAGACUGUUAGAUAGUAAUGGUGUAUAAGUUUACUGUGACCUACUUACAUGCCAUUUGUUCACCAUUAUAUAUGAAUCUCUGAUUAUGAGUGUGUAUUUAUAAAUAUUAAAGAGUUUUUUGCUUUGUUUUAUGAAAACAAAGGCUUGACUGCAUGCUUAACUUUGUAAUGAAUUGAUCAUUUGUGUUUUGUAUGCAAUGUUUUAAACAUCUCUUAAUCAUUUUGUAUUGGCUAGUCUUUUGCAAUUGUCUGAGUGACAUCUGCACUAGGAAUAAAUAUGGAUGAAACUAA